AAGUUAUCCGUUCUCGAAGUGUUUCGAAAAAGAUGGUCGCGACAUUCGUGUCAAAAGCGGGUCAUAUUGCAAAGAACUGUUACUGCGGAUUAGUAUACCACCAUUUGUUUGCCAAAAGUCAUCACCGAGCUUCGAAAAAUCAACCCCGAAAGAAGAAUCAUCCUCCACCAAGACAAUGCAAGCUCGCACACAGCCCAAAAAACAAGGCGGUAUUUAACGGAAAAAAAACGUGGAAUUAUUGGACCAUCCUCCAUAUAGUCCCGAUGUAAGUCCUAACGAUUUCUUUACUUUCCCGAAAAUUAAAAACUGACUGCGUGGUCAAAGGUUCCAGGCACCAGAAGAAGCAGUUGACGUAUCAAAAAUGCCGUUUUGGACCUGCCAGCAAACGAGUGGGAUAAGUGCUUCGAAAAUUGGUUCGAGCGCAUGCAGAUGUGUAUUAAUCUUCGUGGGUAUUGCUUCGAAAAACAAUAAAGUCAUUUAAAACUA